AUGUCCCCUGAGACGACUGUUGAGGACAUUCCCUGUCCCGCCGAAACAGAAAGAGGAUUGGCGAGAAAGGAGCUUCGAGCCUCCGACCUGCAUAUCCUCGAGGGCAGAUCAAGCAGUGAUGCCCAAUUCACCGAUACCUUUAACCAGCACGGAGCUUCAAUCAGACCCAAUCUGGGCCAUAACAUUUCUUCCUACAACUUUCCCCACCAAUCCGAACAUGCUGGACAGGAUAUCCCUGAACCAUCCGGGCCAGUUGGCUCUCAGCUUCCUCCGCCUAGGCCUCGACCCGAGUCUUUCAGCACUGCGCAGUUGACCAACAACUUUGCUGUAGAGGCCCAAUCUGGACGACAUGCACAAGCAGGGCCUUCAGCUGUUCGAUCAUUCUUAUGCCUGGAAUCCAUACGGCCUUUGCUCAAUAACCUGAUCAGCCCUGAAGAUGCUUGUGAUUUGCUAGAAUUUUAUUUUGCUCAAGCAGGGAGCUCUCUUUUCAGAUCUGCCUCCCCUUACGUGUUGACUCAUGUGUUGAGGAAGAGAUCUCUCUUGCAUCCAACUAAACCUCGAGAAACCACUCCAGCAUUGCUGACAACAAUGCUUUGGGUUAGUGCACAAACAGCAGACAUUCCUCUGCUAUUGCUUCCAGGAGAAAGAUCCCGAGUUUGUGAGGCGUUGCGCAAACUGUCUACCUCGCUCAUUCAUGACAGAGAUCGUGAUCAUUGGCAACGAAGUCCUGGAGGACGUCUUGUACAGCAGAGCUCUUUCUGCUACAGCAAACCGACCAGGGAAGCCAAGUCUGCAGAAGAGCGACAAACAGACCCGCCGCCCUCUUUAAUCGAUGAUGUCCUGACCUUUAUCCUAAUGUGUAUUGUAAUCUCGGGGGGAGAUUUCAAAACAGACUGCUACCCAUGGUGGAGCAAAGCCGUUAGACUAGCGCAGGCUCUGGGCUUGAACCGAGUAGACGCCAGCGAAGGCAAAUACGGCUCAGGAUGUCCGACAUCAUCACAUAUCUGUCAAGGAAGCAACAUCGAUGGCCAGUGCUAUGCUGCAUUAGAAGCUCAAGAAGAACGACGCCGUGUGUUUUGGCUUCUAUUCUGUCUGGAUAGACACCUGGCACUGGCAUUCAACGGUAUUCCCAACAUCUCGGACGACGAAUGCGAUGUGUACAUUCCCUUGCCCGACGACAUAUGGGAGAACUUCGAAACAGUUCCUACCGAACUUCGCACUCGACGAUCCCAUGGACCCCCUACGUCAGUGACGGGAACCAGCUUCUUCGAAUAUUUCCUACCCUUGAUGGCUAUUAUGGGAGACGUCAUUCAUAUUCACCAUCGUCGGUACCACCCUCGGUUUGGAACACUUGAUGACCAGAAUUCCAUCUCCAUGGUGGAAGAGCUAUUUGCGAACUGCGCUCAGAGCAUCAGCGACCUCGAAAGCCGAUACGAAACCGAAGAGCUGGACGGCGCUAUUCCGGCAAGCGAGUUCCUCACACCGAAUUCUGGAUUCCAAGAAAGUCCUUUGAACCAAGCUGUGGGAACCCCGGCAGGACGGCGACCCAAAAGCCGCGCACUGGCACAACUCGUCACUUCGUAUAGCACGUUCAUCUUGCAUGUUCUUCAUGUCCUGUUGUACGGUAAAUGGGACGCGGUGUCCAUGCUGGAGAACGAGGAUGGGUGGAUCACAUCAGUGCCAUUCAUGAAGUGUGCAUCGCAUGCUAUUGCGGCUUCAGAAGCUGUCUCUCAAAUUCUCAGAUGUGACCCUGAACUGACCUUCAUGCCGUAUUUGUUUGGCAUCUAUCUUCUUCAUGGAAGCUUCAUUCUCUUAUUGUUUGCCGAUCGCAUGCCUCAGCUCGGGCCGAACGAAUCGGUUGAAAAAGCCUGUGAGACAAUCAUUAGAGCCCACGAAGUCUGUGUGGUCACCUUGAGCACCGAGUUCCAGGUGGGUGAGCAUCGAAUAUCCGUGGGCCAGGCGGAUCCAACUGACAGUUUGACAGAAGAGAUUCCGCAAAGUCCUGCGUUCAACGCUCUACAGUGUCAGAAGUGCGAGGAUUACCAAUGCAGAAGAAAGUCUCGUACGCCGCAGAGUGUUGUCGCUGUACCGAUGGACGAAGGGAGCUAG